AUUAUAAAUGUGGAUCGCUAUAAUAUUUUGUUAGAGUUAAUUCUAAAAUAAAUAUUUGUUUCUGUUCACACACUUCAAAGAUGGCUGAGUGUUCAACUUUGCAUAAAGUGAAAGAUAAAGUUUUAUUGUUGGUUGGACGAACGGGUAGUGGUAAAAGUUCUACAGCCAAUUCCAUCAUUGGAGAAACAUUCUUUGGUAGGAAAAAAGAUGACUUUAGUAUCCAGAAAAAUACAGUGGAGAUUGAAGGUUCAAAGGUCACAGUAGUAGAUGGUACUGGUAUUGGGGACACUGGAUCUGAUAUGAAUGGAGAUAUACAAGGCAUAAUACAAAAAACUGAGACUGCCGUCCAACUCUGUGAGUCUGGUUUCAAUGCUCUCAUCUUUGUUAUGACUUACGUUAAAAAAAGGUUUGCCAAAAAGGAGAAAGACGCUGUAGAUCUGAUCAAGUCAUUGUUUGGUAGGGACAUCUUCAGACGUUUUGGUGUCAUCGUCAUGACACGUGGUGACCAGUUUGAGAUGGACACAGAGGAUGACCCCAAGACAUUUUACCAGUGGUGCAAGGAAAAAACUGGACACAUCAAUUUUUUUUUCCAAGAAUGUGAAUACAGAAUUUUGAUCUUUAAUAACAGAUCGUCCAACAAGGACACACUUUUUAGACAACGACGCAAUCUACUGGACCUUAUUAAUGAAACUAGAAAAUACUCAACUGCAGACUUCAAACCGGCCAGUAGUGACCAAAUGGAACUUUUAAUAUCUGAUAACUUCAUAGACGCUGAAAAACAAAACCAGAUGUUUAUUCGACGUAUUGACCAAACAUUAGAUCGAACUGAAUCUACGAAAGAUGGCGAGAAAAUCAAUGAGAUGUUAUCCGACUUACUUACAGAAUUAGAAGAACGGAUAAAAAACAUAGAAGGAUAUUUUGGAGGAUCCGAACUUAGCCAUUUACUGUUGAUACCAUUAAAGACAAGAGUUGUUAAUGUUACUUCAAAGAUGCGAAAAUUGAAUCAAAUACGACAUGAGACACCAAUCGAUAAAGCUGCUAAAAAGCAGUCAGCCGAAACUGGUUAUGAUAAAAAAACUAAGCGCGGAAAAUUCUUUGAGAAAAAAGGGGAAAACCCCGUUGAUGAGAAAAUACAAGAUACCACAAACACAUAUGAUUAUUUCUCGACUCUGAACCCACAGGAAAAGAUACAUUCUGUUGUCAAGCAUACGGUUUUGUUGUUGGUUGGACGUACAGGAAAUGGAAAAAGUUCAACCGCCAAUUCUCUCAUCGAUGAAAGAUUCUUUGCCACAGGAAGUAAUGACCAUAGUGUAAAGAAAAUGACCGUUGAAAUUGAUGGGUUAAACGUCACGGUGGUCGAUGGAACAGGUAUUGGUGACACAGGAUCGGAUAUGAAUGGAGGUCUACAAGACACAAUACAAAAAGCUGAGACUGCUGUCCAACUCUGUGAGUCUGGUUUCAAUGCUCUCAUUUUUGUUAUGGCUUACGGCACAAGGUUCACAAAAAAGGAGAAGGACUCUGUGGAUCUGAUCAAGUCAUUGUUUGGUAGGGACAUCUUCAGACGUUUUGGUAUCAUCGUCAUGACACGUGGUGACCAGUUUGAGACGGACACAGAGGAUGACCACAAGACAUUUGACCAGUGGUGCAUGGAACAAACUGGAGACAUUAGAAGUCUUUUCCAAGAGUGUGACUACAGAAUUGUGAUCUUCAAUAACAUAAUGCCCAACCUUGAUACACUUUUUAAACAACAACAAAAUUUACUAAAAAUGGUUCCUCAUUCCAAUAAAUACUCACUAGAAGACUUUAAUCAGGCCAGCAAGGAACGUCAGAAAAUAUUACUAGGUCAUUCCUUUUUAGAAGCUGACAAACAAAACAAAUCUUUUCUUCAAGACAUCGACCAACAAAUAUUUCAUGCUACGUCCACGAAAGAAAGCAAGCAACGUCGUAAGAUGCUAGCAAAUAUUUUGUCAGAUUUACAACAACAAAUUGAAUCAAUUCAAAAAACAUUUGAAGGGUCAGAGUAUUACAGUUCACUUUGGACACCUUUACAGACAAGACUUCUCAACGUCAUGACUCAGCUGCGGGAUAUAGAAGGUAGAAGGGGGGAGGGGGAUCAAGUUUUACGAAAAUUAUUACUUUAUUUAAUAUUCAACUUUCUAAUAUUAAUACAUGUUGUCUUAUAAUUUUUAAAAAAGAAGAGAAAAAAGAAGAAAAACGACGAUUCUAAUUAAACAAAUAAGAUUGUUUAAAAACACAAUUGUAUCUGUACUUCCUAAAAUACAAAAUUGAUUCUUGGUAAAGGUAAGAUUAAUUUUUUUUAAUGAUGUAAAUUUCAUUAAGAAUCAUAUAUCCAAUAUUUCUUGCGAACAUUAAAUUGCUGGAUUUGAAUAAUUAAAUAUAGAUAACUUUUAAAAAGUCCGUUAAAACCCAUCUAUUAAGGUCCGCCUAUGACCUGUGAUGCACCCUCCUUGCCCUGCCUUAUUUUCUGUUUCGGGUUGAUCCUGAAGUAUAGGCCAAAACGUACCAAAGUGUCCUCGUCUUAUAGCCAUUUUCAUUGUUUCUAUAGUAUAGUAGUUACUAUCCUAGUGUCUCAUUUUUUAUUUUACUUAGUUUACAUGUUUUUAAUAAUUGUAAAGCGCUUAGAGCUUUAAGGUAAGCGCUAUAUAAAAAAUGCAUAAAUAGAUAAAUAAAUAACUAAUUAUAAACUAUAUUACUUAAUUUAAAAAAAAAUAUUAUAAACAUUUUAAACUUAUUGAUCCAUUUUGUUGACUUCAAUUUUUUUAAAAUUAAAUUGAUUUAAUUUAUUUGAAAACUAUUUUAAAACGUUUAAAGCAAUUGUUUAUAUAAAUAUUUUUUUUGUACAUCCAGAUGGCCUCGUCAAAAAUUACGCUUUCCUACUCGUUGGUAGAUCAGGAAAUGGGAAAAGUUCUACAGGAAACUCAAUCUUUGGGAAAAUUGUUUUCAUAACAAGAAAACCACACGAUUCUUCUGAUGGUGACGUCCUAUGUUCCCACUCAGCUAUAGUAGAAGGAAGACCAAUGUUUGUUGUGGAUGGAACUGGUAUAGGUGACACCGGUGACGAUAUCAAUGGGGGUGUCAAUGAAUUAUUAGAAUCUGUUGAUUUUACAAUGAAAAAUGAGAUGUCUAAAUUCAACGCCAUUAUUUUGGUCCAUUACAUUCACGAAAGGUCCCUAGUAAAGAUAACAAGCUCUGUUCUUGCUAUAAAAUCAAUUUUAGGACCAAAUGUCUUUAAAAACUGGGGUAUUAUAGUAGUGACCUUUGGUGACCAAUUUGACCUCAAUAACCUCGAUGAGAAUAUCCAUUCAUUUGAAGAUUGGUGUCAACAACAAACUGGGUAUUUCCAGAUUUUACUUGAGGAAUGUAACAACAGAUGUGUCCUGUUUGACAACAAAACAACGGACAAAAACAAACAAAUGGAACAAAGGAACAAACUCAUGUCAGUUGUUGACAGCAUGACUUACAAGUCAUACACGAUGUAUGACUUUGACAGUCCUACAUGUAAGCUUUUCAGACAACAUCUUAGGCUCAUUGAAGAAAUUAAUCUUAAAUCUGAUUCUUUUAAUGGUAACACGACCAAUCAGUAUGAAGGCAACAAACAUGACCUUGAACUCUUGGUUUCAAAACUAUUGGAGCAUAAACAACGUCUUGCUAAACAAGGGAAAGAAACAGAAUUUACUAGACAACUCCUGUAUCAAGUUACAGAAACUGCAACAAAGUUACAAUUAAAAAUAGGUUAUUGUUUUAUGGCAGGAGACAACACAAUUACAAAAUUUGUGAAAGAUCUGUCUUUGUUAGCUGAAGAACCUCCAUCAUCACAAUCACAUUUUCAUCUUUCACCGCCUAAGGAUGAACUAAAAACUUCAAAACUAUCAACUUCAGCGAUUCAAGAUGUUAAAAAAUUCAAUACCAUAGAUUCGUGCGAAAGAACAGAAGUAACUGGUAAGUCAAGGAUUGAAAAUGCUCACCAAUCUGUACCAAUCUUGUGGGUUAAAAUUAACUAUUAAAAUUUUAAAAAAUGACUUUACUGAACUAAAGACAUUUUUAAAAAAAAAAAAUCAUUCCCAUUUAAAUAACUAUUAAAUGAUGUAUUUUAAAAGUUUAUAUUCUUGGUCAAUUUGUUAAAUUAGUCCUUUCUUUAGUUUUAUCUAAACAUUACGUUAACAUGUGCUAACAAAAAGUUUAUAUGUCCUAACAUAUCGUUGAUACAAUUGCCAGCACAGUGCCAUAAGUAUUAGACGUCUAAAUUAAGACAAAAGCAGUUUAAGUGCACACUGACUAUUGGAAACUGAAAUUUAACCACACUUAGUCAUCAUAUGCAGUCUAUAUUAAAAUCAACAAUGAAACCAAUCAGUCUUUCAAAAUAAGCCCGCAAGGCAAUGUCAUCAAAAAUAUGACAAGACAAUUUAUCAGUUGUCCGGUUAAAUAGAUUGAAUCUAAAAAAUUAUGUAAACGUUUUAAAAGACAAGUCAACAGGACUGUUAAAUCUUUGUUAACGGAAUUUGGGUAGCGACAAGAUCACACUUGGCAAGUUGUACUUGGGAUAUGCGUGUUACAAGGUGGAAUACAGUUGAGACCCAUGGGCGCCCGCAGAAAACUUUCUAGGGGGGGGGGGGGCAAAAAUUGUUAGUAAUGUUUUAAUGUAGUUUUAAUUUUCUGUAGCGUAUAUGUAUGGUGAACGAACGGACAGGACAUCAGCUUAGUUNCAAGUGCCCCAGCUUUCCAAUUAACGCAGCCCCCCAUGUUGAGACCUAAAGUCUAUUUGCAUCGAGAAAAACACCUGACUCUGGAAAAAGUAAAAAAAAAAAAAUACUAUCAUUAAAAAAAUCACAUUUUGGGGGGGGGGGCAGCCCUUCAAUUAAAAUUACUAGAGAAACAAAUUUCAAAUAAACGAUGUACACAAUUAAAAAAAAAAUUCUUAAUGCACAAAAUUAUAAUUAUUUAAUCUACUCUUUCAGCCUCACACAUAAAUGCAUUGUAUAGAUAUAAAUUGAACUAUUUUUUUUUUAUUGUUGAUAAUUUAACAAUGCAGUGAUGCCUUUACUAAAUAAUAAUGUUUUAAAAUUUGUCUUUAAGACUUGAAAGUACUAAUUUUAUAAAGUCAAAAAAAAAAAAAAGAAGUACAUUUACAUCAAAAUCGCGCUUACCCAUCACAAAAAGCGCUUUUCGUUUUUGGGAAGAAUCAAAGAUAAUGUAUAGUUGAAAGAAGAAAUACAGUUAUUUGUAAUACUUGCCGUUUGGCCAUAAUAUUUAACGAGGAUUGCCUUGUGCGGCCGCUGGCCGUGGGUUGGUCAUCCAUGUUUUGAAUUAUUGUAUAAUAGUACGAAGCAUAUCUUAAGUCUAAAACUAAUUAAAAUUGGCAUCGUACGGUUCUUUCUAGCUCAAAUGGGAUUUCAAAGAGUAAUUACUCCACAUGCAAAUAUCAUAUUUAACUCAGUUUUAAUUUUUGUUAAUUUUGAUAUUGCUCCCUUGCUACUUUUAAUUUAUUUAUGUUUGUAUUUUUUUUUAAAACUUAUUAAGCUUUAAUUCUGAUUGUUUAGUCCGUUCAAUGUUAUUGCGAUAUUAAUUUAAAUUAUGAUUCGUACAGAAGCAGUUGACAUUUCAACGUCAAAUGAUAUUGAUGGGCGCAAGGAAUCAACCGACAAAAGGACCCAAAAACCUAC